AUGUAUAUAUAUAAUAAAAUAAGUGUUUAUAGGAGUAGUAGUAGUACCUAUGUGGUGAUUGCACAGCAUGAUCAUGAUGAUGAUGAUCACGUUCACUCAAAGUCUGAUACAUUCACAUCGACCUUUGCAUUCGAACAUCCAAUCAAUAUCAAUUAUUCAACUAUACCUUUUAUUAAACAAAAAUAUUUAUAUUUCGUAUCGACUGCAUCGAUACAACUUAAAGAUAACAUACAGAAUGCCAUUAAGAAUGGUUUGGCAAAGAGAGAGGUUAUACAUCCAUCGAUGGCUAUCACCACACUACCGUAUGUCACCGUUGACAAGUUGGUAUGGAAUGACUAUGUAACUGAGAAAUCCAACGCCUAUACGAUCUACAUAAUCAACAGUGAUCUGGGAGAGCGAUACACCUACUCUCAGUUACCGAUCAUCACACACGCCGACAACCGUACACUCCUUUGCACUACCAAAGUAUGGCAAUCGAUGGCACCCAACUUGAAAGCUAGUUCCUCCACCGGAGCUGCACAGGGCGAAGGAAGAUAUAUGUGGAUUGACUUGGGUGCAGACACUCCGUCGUACGGUCCGCUCACCAAGGGUACAGGUUCCAUCCUCCCGGACACGCUUCCAAACCGACGAACCGGUAGCAACACCAAUGAAUUCCUCUACAACAUCGCAACGUUCAUUCAUCACUCGACAAGACAGCUGAUCACUCCGGUGGUGAGUCACGCUUCCAACUACCACUGGACGGAGCUCGAGGUUCGUCUGAUCAUGGUGCACGACCAUCAAGUCGGCAUGAUCGAGCAAUCCGAGAAUUUCGAUUGGCCAGCGAUACAGGGUGAACUCUCUAGAAUCAAAAGACUACCGCACCAAUCGAUUACCUUUUCAAAGGCAGAGAUCUCGUUGUUGGACAAUGUACACGCCGCUCAGGCGAAACAGUCAUCGCUCAGAGUUCAUCACUCUGGCACCAAAGGAACACAACAAUAUCUAGACUCCAAGGAGCUACACUACUGGUUGAAACAACACAACCUUCAAUUCGUACCAGAGCUUGACUAUCGUAACAACCGACUCAUUAUACCAGUGUUUUUGUUUGACAUUUCAUUUAAAGAUCUGCUAUUACUCGAUCGUACACAUCAAGCAGUCAGUUUCAACGACAUGGUCAUUGCAAUUCAAACUCAAUCUCAAAGAAUAUCUGAUUUCAAGUGUGAUCAAAUUUUACAAAUAGAUGCCACAGAUGCAACAAGACCAGUGUUAGCAUCAUUAUUAGAAACAAUAUGGGGUAUUUCACCGACUCAGUUAUCAUUAGCAAAGAACAGUGAUACACCGGAUUUCAAUUAUAUUUGGUCGUUAGGAUUCAAUCCUUUCAGUAUAUUCUCACCACAUAAAUCGAUUAGUUUCUCACAGGCCGAUGCUGCAAUUAGAAACAUUGUAUAUUUCAAUAUAGUAGAUUCACUAGUAUAUUUACAAGCUGUUUAUCAACAUAUUGAUGAUGAUGAAACAUGGGAAGAGUUUAGUAAAUCAAAUCCAGGAAUUCAAUCUAUUUAUCAAUUAAAGCAGAAGAUUCAUGAGAUAUUGCAUGAAGUCGGACAGGAUCUUUCUAAUCACCAAGAAGCAGAGGCAUUCGAAAAGGUAAACUCUUUGCAAUCACUGAUCCAACAACUCACAGAAACCAUCUACAUCAACCACAAAACAAGACAUUCAUUUUUAGAUUGUCAACAGUCAUCUAUAGUAUGGUCAGAGCUAAUCAGUGUUGGUAUAACAGUAUCGCUAGCAUUGAUAUUAGCUCAAAAAGUUUUAAAAAAUAAAUACUCAUUCUAA